AGUGAAGAUGGCGGAUCAGACGUUACUCUCCGAGUCUGUGCUCGGAUGGUCUAUUUUCACCAUUAUACUCUUGGUAAUCCUGGCUUUCUGUUGGAUCUACAUUCGGAAGUUUCAAAGUCGACAGGAGAGCGAAGUUGUCUCAACUAUCACAGCAAUAUGUGCACUGGCCAUUGCCUUGAUAACUUCUGCACUUCUGCCAGUGGACAUAUUCCUCGUUUCAUUCAUGAAGUACCCCAAUGGCACCUAUAAGGAAUGGGCAGCAAACAAUGUUACGAGAGGUCAAAUUGAAGACACUGUGCUGUACGGAUAUUACACUCUUUACUCCAUCAUACUGUUCUGCGUCUUCCUGUGGAUCCCCUUUGUUUACUUCUACUAUGAAGAAAGGGAUGACAACAACGUGAAUAGGUGUUCGCAAGUGAAAAAUGCUCUGAAGUACACAAUUGGAUUUGUCAUUGUCUGCGUGGUGCUCCUUUUAAUUGGAGCGUUUGUUCCACUCGAGGCCCCACCUGGCCAGAAUUCCACUCAGUGGGAGAAGGUACAAUACCUUUUUGAGGAGCUUGGAAGCAGUCAUGGUCUACCGGCCUUGUCUUUCUCCAUCAGCUCCUUGACCUUGAUUGGCAUGUUGGCGGUGAUCACUUACACGGCAUAUGGUAUGUCUGUUCUGCCUUUGAAUCUGAUAAAAGGCACAAGGAGUGUGCUGUAUGAACGCCUGGAGAACACAGAGGACAUCGAUGAUGUUGAGCACCAGAUAGAAAAGCUGAAAUCCAAGUGUAAAGAUGGACGUCCUCUGUCCUCAAGGGACAGAAACAACCUGCAGGAGUUGGAGGGCAAACUACAGGUCCUCCGGCGCAGGGGGAGACACCUGGAAAUUGCAGAGAGAAACUGCUGCACUAAAGUGGGCAGUGCUCUCAGACCUUUCAAGAUAUUACUGGGUAUUUUCUUCAUCCUGGUUGCACUGCUGUUCACUAUUGCCCUGUUUAUUUCAAAUUUGGAUAAAGCUCUCCACUCUGCUGGCAUCAGCUCCGGGUUCAUAAUCUUUGGCACCAACCUAACCAAUCCCCUGAAUGAACUUCUUUUGGCCUUACAACCUGUUUUUCCACUGGAUUAUAUCCUGAUCACUGUCAUCACCAUGUACUUUGUACUCACAUCCAUGGCCGGCAUUCGCAACAUGGGCAUCUGGUUCUUCUGGAUAAGGCUGUACAAAAUAAGACCGAAGAGAACUCGUCCCCAGGCUCUUCUCUUCCUCUGCAUGAUUCUUCUCUUGAUUGUUCUGCACACCAGCUACAUGAUCUACAGUCUGGCCCCCCAAUAUGUCAUGUACGGCAGCCAGAAAUACCUUGUGCAGACUCAGAUGCCCUCACCAGGUCCUGGGAAUGUUACUUUUGGCACCACAAGGAUAUGUGAUGCAGACGCGCCUGAGGACCAGUGCACUGUGACCAGAUCCUAUCUGUUCCUCCACAAGUUCUGGUUCUUCAGCACCAUCUACUACUUUGGUAACUGGGCCUUUAUUGGGGCCUUCCUCAUUGGCCUGGUGGUGUCCUGCUGCCGAGGGAAGAAGUCUGUGAUUGAAGGUGAGGUGGAGGCCGAUGACUCAGACCUGAGCGAUGACGAAUACGUGCACUGAAAAAUCACUUUGGAUGAGUUUGUAGAUACUGUAACCAUAACUUGAAGGGACUAGAAAGUACAACGUCGUCAACAAAUGAACACCUGUCAGUGAUUUGUCUUAAUUUAAUGUAUUUGUUUUGAGGAGUUACUGUCGUGGACUCCAGCCUCUUUUUUUUUCUUUUUUUUUUGGAGACCUCCCUCUAAUGAAAGCCCACAGACUGAUUGUUGUGUCUUUCUCAGUCAAUACUGCUGAUAACUUUGGGAUUGUGGGAGUGUCCUUCAACUCAAUUCUACAUGGAGAAUUCACUUCUCAACACUUUAAAACUGACAGAAAUUGGUCAUUUUUCAGGAGGCACACUUAUUGCGGCAGACAGAGUCAUAUCCUGUUCCAGAACUUUACAUCCUCUACGGACUUUCUAGACCCUUUAACUUCAUGGCAACACCUAGACUUGGCUUUAGUAUACCUUUUUAAGAUACGGUACCAAUUAAGCAUACACAAAAUGUUCCUGACAAGCUAAUUGGUAUGAAAAUAAUGAUUCCUAAAUGCUGACAGCAGUGACACUUUAAACGUCUGUUUUUGCUUGUUUUUGUCUGAGGUUAAAUAUAGUGCUAGUGGUUUUGCUGCAUCUUUCCCUACAUUUUUGCUAUUUGCGGUCGUAACUGUUACUGAACUUACAUACCUGCACUGUUGGUGAAAUGUAAAAGGACCAGUUGUGUUUGCAAGUCUUCAGUUGUUCAUGGUUUUUAAUAAUGUGUUCAACAGCUUUUCUCCUUCUGUGUUGGAAGAAAAAAACGAGAAAAGACAGAAAUAAUCCAACAUAUGGAUGUGAUUUUCGUUUUAAUUUAAGAUUACUUCUCAUUUUUUUGUCUGUGCUCUAGGGUUUAUCUACAGCAGGCUUGUGACAUAGAACUGCUAAUGGCACACUUUCAUUUUAUUUCAGCGUAUUUUGCUGUUUGUGUCAAAUGAAUACAAACUGACCAUUUAAUUUGGAAACCAAAUGUUUGUGCCUCAUGAAUGUACAAUACCAUGACGGGCACACGCCCCUGUAUAUGCUAGCCUAAAUUACCCUGACAGAAAUCAGUUUGACUCUCUGGAGUUUUGUUUUUGCUUUGAAAUGUCGGUCUGGUUACCUUAAUUGAGAAUCAGUGAAGGAAGCAGCUGCAAAUGCAGUGAGGUGACGAUGAUGAUGACGGAAGCGUCGUCACGUGCAGUUUGUUUGACAAAUUUGCUGUUGUGAAAGUUGUGUCAGUAUUGAAUGAUACCUGUAUUUAAAGAAAUAAAAUCAUUUUAAACACAAA